AGUUUGCAGCCUUCGUAAGAAAGUGGAAGGGACAAUUUAUAUCCAAUGUUUCUCAAUAUGCACAUAAUGGCUAUAACAGAUAUUAUGUACUUCAAAUAUUUUUUUCUGAUUUUAAUUCUUGUGUUUCUGUAUUGAAAAUGAAACAAAGGUAAGUCGAGAUCUAUACUGUAUUAUAUAUUAUAUUAUAAAUUAUUUAAAAAUGAAGAAAAGCAGCAGCGAAUCAUCUACGGUCCAGAUGGCUACCUACUGUGGCAAUAAUAGCCCCCUCAGCAUCUUCCUCAUCAUUCAUUCUUUGAAUUUCAAGUUGUACUGGUCAAUGUGGACAACAGAAACUCGAACGUGUCGAUCGACUUAGUGUGUGCAUAGCUUUAAAUCAGUACUUGAGUCAACAACUAUAUUUUUAUAAACAAAAUAAUCUUUUUGAUAUGGUUUACUUCCUUCUAGAAGGCAAUAUAAGAGUUUUUAUAUCAAAUACAGGGUGUCCCCAAGCGAUAAGAUAAAAUUAUAUAUUAUAGAUAAAAUUAUUUCAAUGCAAAUUCAUUAUAAACGUGAUUAAUAUUUGUAAUGGGCGAUAUAAAAAGAAAUCUAGUUUUUUGUACCAAUUCCGAUGACUUUUCUGACACAUUUGCAAAUUUAACAACGAGUGAAAAUCCCAGUUAGUAUUUGAUUAAAAAUUCAUGAAUUUAAGCAUCAGAAAAAUUGUACAACCAAAAUUAAAAAUUUAUAUAUAGUAUAUACACUCAGUAAAAACUUUAGUUGAUUGUGAUACGAUGAAAAACAUCCUGUACAACAUAUCAGUUUCCAUUUGUAAUUCGGAAAAGUUUCAAUUAACAAUCAACAUGCAUAUUUUCCCGAAAGGGCUUCAAAUAGAUGUUAGCUUCCAACUGUUUCCCGGCUUUCUAGGUGAUACAACAACAGGAAAAUCCUGGUUGCAGCCACCCACAUACAUUCAGGGAUGCUGUUCCGGGGAUGAAAAUCAAUAAAUCUUGAUUCUCUUCACGAAUGCUCCAUUCGACUUUGGCUAUUCCAUUCGCAAGAUGUAGUUCGAAAGGGCGGCGAGUCGCGGCCAACCCUUUUUAGUUUUUCAUCAGUUUUUUUGUUUCAAUCAUUUAAAAAUGACAUUUUUUAAAGGAUGGUUGUACUGUGCUCUGUGGUAUUCUAGUAUUUUGGCAGGUUACUCAUUGCUUUUUUGUCCUCUGUUGCCAUUGUUGUUCAUUUCUAAUAAACUUUACCGAUAUAUUACGGAUAUUUUCUUCACUUUUUGGCAAUAUUAUCCUACGGCUUUGUUAGAAAUAAUUUGCGAUAGCCACGUCCAAGUAACCGGCGAUGCGAUUAGAACAGGAGAACUGUCACUCCUAUUAAUGAAUCAUAGAACUAGAACGGAUUGGAACUUUUUUUGGCCCACCGUGUAUCACUGCGUCGAAGGAAAAGGCAAAUUAGCCCAUUCCACAAAGUUUAUCCUUAAAGAUCAAAUCAGACACAUACCUGGACCAGGAUGGAUAAUGCAAUUGGCUUGUUUCGUUUAUAUUCAAAGAUGUUGGCAAAUGGACCGACUUAUUUUGAAAAAAUACGUCGAAUAUGUAUCAGAUAUAAAUUACAAGCAUAGUCUUCUAAUAUUCCCAGAAGGAACUGAUCUCACGGAAGCAACUAAGAAAAAUAGCGACAAGUUCGCUAUUAAAAAUGAUUUGCCGCUUUAUGAUAAUGUUUUACAUCCGAAGACAACAGGAUUUGUAUAUUUGACACAACAAUUGUUGUAUAGGAACAGUCUAGAUGCGGUUUACGACAUUACCUUGAUAUACCCAGACACCAUUCCUCAGAACGAAAAAUGGUUAUUAAACGGAAAGUUUCCAAAUGUAGUCAAAAUACAUUUGGUUAGAUAUCCCAAAUCUGUACUGCCUACAUCAGAAGAGGGCCUGAAGCAAUUUUUGGAAAAGAGAUGGUUUGAUAAAGAGAAAAUUAUUAAAGAAUUUCAAGCAACUGGUAAUUUCCUUCAUGGUCAAAUAUUACAGUGCAAAAGAAAGUGGGAACUAUACUUAGCCUUCAUCUUUUGGACGAUUUUACCUUAUAUCAGUUUGUACCUGUUCUUGACAAACAAUUGGUUCAUGGCCAUAGUUAUAGUGCAUACUUUGUUUCUAUUAGGGGUAAAUAUGUAUUGCAAAGGAUUUCAAAAUUUCGAAAUACUGUUGCACAUGUGGAAGAAACACGUCUAUUCAAUUAAUGAAAAACCGAAUUGAUCAAUUACACCCGAUUUUCACUGUUGAGAUAUGUUAAAAAACGAAACAAAUUUGAACAAAAAUCAAGCCUUAUAGAAUGUAAAUUAAAACUAAAAAGUUUUAUACGAAAAUAUGUCUUUUUAUCUAGAUAUUAAAACUGACAAGUACAGGGUGGGGCAAUAGAACGGGCAUUUAUUAAGUAUAGGCUAAAAAAAUAAAUACAUAAGGUAUUGUUGAAAUAAAAGAUAUGAUGAUUAGGUACAUAUAAAACAUUAAAAUUUUUACACGAAAAUCUUAAAUUUGUGCCUCUACGAUACAUUUUUCAAUUUUGUCAUAUCAAAUUUCCAAAUUUUCUACAGUAGCGCUAUCUUAAAAUUUAGCAAUAGUACGACACAUUACAAUCAAAAGAGUCUUUUAAGCGCCAUAUUCUUCACAGAUCACCUAUAUUUAGAUGGAUCACUACAAUCUUAUUUGUUCUAACCAAAUUGACGUCGACUGGGGGUCUGAACUUGAACUAAUAACAUCCUCAAUAUCCUUCAAAUAGUGACAAAUUUGAAUAUUAAUUGUGUCUCGUAAUUUAAAUUAUUUGAAGAUACUUCAUACUGCUACCUUAAAACUAAUAAGCUUUCAAAUUUAUGUUUUUGUUUAUAAUAUUUCUCAAAAUUGCACAUUUUCAAGAUACAAAAGAUGAAAUUUGAAGACUAUUAUGAAAAAAAAUAAAUUUGAAAAUGUAUGUUGUAAUCUUGUUAGAAAAAAAAUAUUAAAGUUAAAAGAGCACUAUUCUCCUUACCCAAAUGAAAUGUAGACAAAUCGGAUGUUAAAAGAUAUAUUAUAAUAAUAACCUUAACAAAACGUGUUAUUAUUUAUUAAUAAAGUGAAAAUAUAACUUGAAGAGAAUAUAUAUUUCCAAAUAAAAUGUUGAAUGCAAAAAUAACCAAUUAAAUUAAUAACUGUUUAAACCUAAUUUUGAUAAAUUUUAUCACUUGAACUUCAUAAUAUAUCCCUUUCGGCCAAGUAUUGUUUAUAUCCAGCAACCAUUUAUUAAAACGUCCUUAUGAAAAUUUGGGAACAAAUGCAUUACAUUAAUAGAUUUGUAAUGUUAUACACAACAUUUAUCAAAUGUCUUAAAAAAUUAAUAACUAACACUAUACAUAAUCAAAAUGACACAAAAACACGAGUACGACAUAACUAUAAUGAAUCAUGACAUGUUCACCAACAUUAAAUUAUCCAGUUUUGUGUCAAAUUUGCCAGCUUGAUAUAUAGUUACGCUGGCAGAUCCAUCUAGAGCUUUGAACUUUAAUUACAAAAUUGAUCCAGCCUUGGACCCUCUAUGUGAAACGUCUAAAAAAUAGGUGGUUGUGGUAUUCUCAGUAAUGUGUCAAAAAUUUUUAAAAAGGUAUUGCUGGUUACAUAAAUAUUUAUCUAAUGAAACAUUUAACCAUUGAGAAUACUGAUUUCGUGUUUAUGUAAUGAAAAUUAAACAGAUUUAUGGUUGUUAUUUGAGGAAUUAAAAGAAAGCUGUAACUAUGCCAUUAUAUGUAGACAAAUAUUUCGAAAUAGAGAAAGAAAUAUCUUUAAAAUUCUAUGAAAGAAAUUUCUUUGCAAUGAAUGCAAUUUUGUAAAACGAUGAUUGUAUUAAUAUUUUUGUGUUAGUCAUAUAUAGAUAACAUAUAAAUUUCAUCAUUUAGAAUGUAUUUAAAAUGGUGGAUAUUCGAUACUAUACAAGUCUCAAGUCGUAUACAGUUACAUCAUAUGGUUUUGUAUUUUUAAUUAAAAAUAUAUUAUUACUCUUUUUAAAAGCGUCGUAGGUAUAUCAAAUAAAAAAAUCAACAUAUUGAAAAUUGCGUGGUGGUAGAUAUACUCAACGUUUCAAACUACUUUUUGUAUCUUGUAAUAUAAUCGUAUGCUUACAAAUACAAGGCAUUUUAAAAAAAUUUAAUACUUGCGUAUUAAAAAUUUACUAACAACCUUUUACGCCGUAAAUUCAAGCGAAAUAAGUUUUAACUAAGUGGAAAGUUAGAUAGGUAUACGUUUAAUUGUCUUCAAAAAUUGGUACAAAUAGUUUUCUAAAUAAGAUUUUGUAAAACUCAUUAAAAGGUACCUGCUAACUCCAAAUAUAUACUGAAUAAGAGGUUGAUGAAUUUUAUAGUUAAUCUAAAAGGUCAACACAGAAUGUACUACAUAAGAGCGACGCGUUUUGCUAAAAAAUUGAUGUGAAAAUCCUGUGUACUGUAUUAUAAUUAGUCUUAACAUAAAUGCAUACAAAUUGGCUCAAAACUGUUGUUUUAGAAGUAAAUGCAAAAUAUAUGAGAGUUGCAUUCAUUUACAGCUUAGCUCCAAAAAAGGUAGUCUAUCAAAAGUAAUUUAUAUUUAAAAAUAAAAUUAAAUUCUCUUAUUUGGGACAUUCUGUAUGAGCACAAAAUAUUGCGAUAGAAUUUUUAUUGCAACAGAUAAUUAUCCCUUAGAACAAGGGUUCUGGGUCUCCAAGAAAACAAUUUUAUUUCUACUCCUUGCAAAUGACGGUUAUUUUUAAUUAACACAUUUCCUGUCUUGAAUUAUGUAAAUCAUCAAGAUCUUCAAGUGUUAAUAUACACUAAAGAAGAAGUACGUAGUUGUCUCAUAGCAAAACUAAAAAAUAAUAAAUAAAAAGAGGUAAUACCAUAUUUGGAAAUAAGGAUAAUAAUAUUUUUGGGCAGCUUUAGUAAUUUCUAGUUCGAUGAUUUAUUUAUCUCUUUAUAUUUAUUAUUUAUCGCAUUUCCAUUAUAUUUGCUAUGUAUCAAUGUUAAUUGUCAAACUUAUUAUAAAAAACUUUUCAAAUUUUUAUGUGUGGUAAAUGUAUUUUAACCACGACUUCUCUUAAAAAUUAUUAAUUGGGUUUUUAAGAUAUGUCCCAAGUCCUUUUUAAAUAUGGCUUUUUCUCUCUUUUAUCUGUUUGUUAAACAGAGUUGAGAAAGCAAAAACUUUCUAAGUGUUUUAGGCUAAACAAGAUUUCCUGAAAUACUCCUUCUAUCCAUAUAUAUCAGUAUUUUUAAUAUAAAUCCUGUGGCACAAUAUUUUCUAUUAAUUGUAUACAAAUGAAAUUAUUUCUCAUAUGUAAACAAAACGACAUAACCUCAAAAUUGGAAAACUCUACAUUCUUCACAAUUUCGUGAAAACAUAAAUGAUCAGCUAUGUGCAAUUGUAUUUAUAUUAAAAGUAUGUACUUGAAUAUGAAUGUUUUUCUCUAAUAUUAUGAAAGCAUUUUCACCAAACAAUUACGUUUACUUUCAGCUUUUAAAGAAGUGUCCCUAUUAGACUUCUUUAAAAUCUAUAUUUUACAGUGACAGGUUUUUAAAGAAAUAUACAGAAUUUUUUAUCAAAUUUUAUAUGUUAGCUUAUUAGUAGACAUAUACACUAAAAUUAAUUUGUGGAUAUGGUUGAUAUUGAAAAUGAAUGAUUACAAUUGGAGUAUUAUAUCUAAAAAUUUUUAUGAGCUUUCUUAUUUAUGAGGAAAUUGAGAAUACAAUCUGUAGUAUUCUUAAUUUUUUGAACGCUCAUUAUAAUUUAUAUUUAGAUAUGUCUCCUGAUAAGAAUUAAGGUGAAUUUUUAUAAGAAAUUUCAAUAAAAAUAAAUGUUUAAUUAAAACCAAAUAAUAAAGUUCAUAUAAUUUUCACUAAUUAAUAGACCAAUGUACAAAAUAUAUUUAGGAAGUUCUAAAUUUUUCGAGAAACGAAAAAAUUUUUCAUUCAAAAUGAAACUAAUCAAUUACCUAUUUUUCAUAAUUUCAAAACAGUUUGAUAUAAACUGGUUUUAAUCAUUUUAUCAAUUUUUCAGUCAAAAUAAACCUACAUGUAUCAGAUAUAAAGUGAUUAAAACUAGAACUGUGAAAAAUAGGGUUGAUUGAUUGGAUUUCCAUAUUCUGUAUAUUUUUGAAAUAUACCUGUUAAUUGUCAAAACGGUUAGAAAUGUGAAUCAAGGUGCCAAAUUAGAAUUUUACAAAACAAUAUUAUUAGACAAAUUAUAUAUUGGUGUCUUUAGAAUUUAAAUGUUAAUUUUAAAAAUUAUAUGUGUUGAUAACCUGA